AUGAUUUUUAGUGUGGAAUUCCUGGUUGGAAAUUUAGGGAAUGGGUUUGUGGCCCUGGUGAAUGGCAGGGACUGGCUCCUGGGAAGAAAGCUCUCGGCCGUGGACCAGAUCCUCACUGCUCUGUCAGUCUCCAGAAUUGGUCUGCUGGGGCUGACCUUCCUAAACUGGUGGGCAGCUCUGUACUGCCCCUCAUCACUGAUGAUCCCAAGCAGGCUAAGAGCGGUUUACAUUUCCUGGACCGUCCUCAAUCAUUGCAGCCUCUGGCUCGCCACCAGCCUCAGCAUCUAUUAUUUUCUCAGGAUAGCUAAUUUUUCGAACGCCUUCUUCCUCUAUCUGAGGUUCCGAGUGAGGAGAGUGGUCUGGUGCAUCCUGCUAACGUCCCUGGCCCCCCUGCUUGUAAACAUCAUGCUGAUGAACUCGCACAUCGACAUCUGGGUCCGCGGCUCUGGAACCAAUGCAUCUCACACGCUCAGCCGGGAAUUUUCCAAACUUCUUUUAGCCCCCAACCUGGCUUUCUCGCUCCUGCCCUUUGUCCUGUCCCUGGUGGCAGUGCUGCUGCUCCUCGCCUCCCUGUGGCAGCACUGGAGAUGCUGGGGAGCUGUAGCUGGGGACAAGAGAGCUGAGGCCCACCGCUGGGCCCUGGGCAGCAUGGCCGCCUUCCUCCUCCUCUACAUCCUCUUCUUCCUCACCUUUCUCCUGCACGUCUGGACAUUGGAAUUUCCCCAGAAAAAUCUGACCAGUUUGUUUUACAAAGUGAUCGCAGUAAUGUUUCCUACUGGCCACUCCAUUGUCCUCAUCCUGGGGACCAGAAAGCUACGGGGGGUGGCUCUGUCUGCACUGCGGAGAGCUGCGGGGAGCUGUAGGGGGGUGAGGAGGCCCCCCCAUCCUUAG